AUGACUCCAGAUUCUUCGCCUUGGCUUAGCAAGCCCUUUUUGACUUCGAUAUUGCUGGGAAUCGGGGGGUUCCUCUACGGCUAUGAUUCCGGUAUCAUCACGCCAAGCUUAGCGCUCAAGUCCUUCUUGACCUACUUUGGAAGUCCCGACGCCCCCUUGAGAGGAGCUAUUGUAUCGGUAUACCAAGCCGGAGCUUGGCUGGGCAGCGCCUCGGUUGGGAUCACUAGUGAUCGGCUCGGUCGCCGGCGGGCCAUCGCUUUUGGAUGUAUUUGGGGUGUCAUCGGCGGUGCCUUGAUGGCUGGUGCUGUUCAUGUUGGCAUGCUCAUCAUGGGACGACUUCUAGUCGGCUAUGCUGUUGGCACAAUCACGGGUGUGGCUCCUGUCUUUGGUGCUGAGAUUGCAAAGGUAUCUCCACUCGUGCAAGUUGUGUCAGAACCCACAUCACUGAUGGCACAACUCCAGACUGAAGAAAGAGCCAGAGUCACAGCCGUCAACCAGAUGAUGGUUGCGUGGGGCUUUUUCGUCGCCCUCUGGACCGAAGUUGGCGAAGGAAAAUGGCACAACUCCAACCAGUGGAGACUCGGCUUCGCCAUUCAAAGCAUACCAGCGUUGAUUCUAGGCGUCGGCGUUCUCUUCCUCAGCGAGUCGCCGCGAUGGCUGUGCUUGAAAGGCCGUAACGAAGAAGCUGAAAAGGCAUUCCGCAACUACCACUACAACGGCUCCAACGACAACUGGUGCCGCACCGAGUUUACCGUCAUUCAAGUCAACAUCGCCGAAGAACUGCAAACUCAGGGGCGUCUAUCGUGGGUUGACCUCUUCAAAACCCCCGCGUUCCGCAAACGGCUCUUUGUCGGAUCGUUCGUCUGGGCAGCUGCAAUGUUGUCGGGCAUCUCAUUCGUCCAGUACUAUCAGACAGCUAUAUAUGCCACCCUGCAGUUCAGCCAGGACCAGCAACUCCUUGUCAGCGGUUUGUACGGAUCGGUUGCUCCGGUGGCCUGUUUCCUCUCUCUCUUCUUUGUCGAUCGCAUUGGACGAAAGAAGAUUCUCAUCUUCAGCUCAUCGCUAUUAUCUGUUUGCUACAUGAUUAUCACCAUCUUGGCAGCAGUGUACCCAGCACGACCUGGAUUCCCUACGAAUGAAGCUGCUCAACGCGGACUUAUUGCCUGCAUCUUUGCUGUUUCUGCAAACUACUCGGCCCUUUUGGGACCCAUGACUUGGAUCAUACCCCCGGAAGUCUUCACAACCGAGUUGCGUGCAAAAGCGAAUGCCAUAGUCCAGGUCAUACACUACUCCAUCAGUCUCGUCAUCACGCAGUGUUCACCAAUUGCGCUCGCGGAGGUUGGCUGGAAGUACUACAUUCUGUUCAUACUGACAAAUGCAAUCUGCGCUGUCGUGUUCGCCCUCUUUUACCCUGAAACUAGAGGAAAGUCCCUCGAGGAAAUUGACGAGAUCUUUGGGGAUGUCAACAUCGUUCGCGAAUUGGACGCUGAUCUGGCCGAAAAGGCUGGGGCUGAGGAGGUCGAGGUCCGUAGAAGCAUGGCAACGUAG